UGUGUGUGAUGAUCUGUGUUGUAUUGUGGGGGGUGUUGUAGUGUAGGGCCAGCGGGGUGUGCGUGUGUGUGUUGAUCUGGGUUGUGUUGCAGGGGGUGUUGUUGUGUAGGGCCAGCGGGGUGUGUGUUGAUCUGGGUUGUGUUGCAGGGGAUGUUGUGCAGGGCCAGCGAUGUGUGUGUGUGUUGAUCUGGGUUGUGUUGCAGGGGGUGUUGUGCAGGGCCAGUGGGGUGUAUGUUAAUCUGUGUUGUGUUGCAGGGGGUGCCAGCGGGCGGUGUGUGCUGUGCCGAUCUCCACGUUGUGCAGCAGACUCACACCCGCCCCAGCCUCCGCCUGCACACGGGUGUGAUUGGCCGGGGUGUGCGCGUCUCUUGGCGUGGGUGUGCGGCUGGGGGAGCGCGUGUCUUGGCGUAUGGGGUGUGCGACACCCCCCCCCACACACACACACACACCUGGCCCGACCCCGGAUCUCCCUGUCUGACCUGUUCCCGCCACAUGCCCGGGUGGGAAGGUGAUCCCGGCACUGCACCCCAAUAGUGAUCUCUGACACCCCUCCCACCCGUACACACACUUCACGUCCAGACUCCGAACUGGCCCGCGUCCCCCAUGGAGCUGCAGAAGAUGGAGGAGCAGGAGGGGCUGGAGAUGUUAAACGGGUCUGUCCCGGAGUGCGACAAAGCCAGGAGCCUGGAGGAUGGGGAUCCCACGGCGGAGGUGACAGCGGCCGAGCAGGAGGGCUUCCUGCCCCACGCCGCCGGCAAGAAGCUGAGCCAGUUCACCGACUUCGAGGGGAAGACGUCGUUCGGGAUGUCGGUCUUUAACCUCAGCAACGCCAUCAUGGGCAGCGGUAUCCUGGGCCUCGCCUACGCCAUGAGCAACACGGGCAUUGUGCUCUUCGUCGUGCUAUUGAUCUGCAUCGCGCUGCUCUCCGCGUACUCCAUCCACCUGCUGCUGAAAUGUGCUGGCGUUGUAGGGAUCCGCGCCUACGAAGAGCUGGGUUACCGGGCGUUCGGGCCAGGCGGCAAGGUGGUGGCGGCGGUGGUCAUCUGUGUGCACAACACGGGAGCCAUGUCCAGUUACCUGUACAUUGUGAAAUACGAGUUGCCUCUAGUGAUACAGACGUUCCUGGGGCUGACGGAGAACACGGAGAACUGGUACAUGAACGGCAACGUGCUAAUUAUCAUCGUCAGCGUCUGCGUCAUCCUGCCCCUGGCGCUCAUGAAACAUCUUGGCUAUCUGGGGUACACCAGCGGGCUCUCGCUGACCUGCAUGGUCUUCUUCCUCAUGUCGGUGAUCUACAAGAAGUUCCAGAUCUCCUGCCCCCUGAACGGGACCGAGCCUGUAACACCCCUCGUCUACUACAACGGGCACAACGCCAGCACCGCCGGCACUGCUGGGGACGAGUGCACGGCCCAGACUUUCACUGUCAACUCCCAGACGGCGUACACCAUCCCCAUCUUGGCUUUUGCAUUCGUCUGUCACCCAGAGGUGCUGCCCAUCUACACAGAGCUACGCAGGGCCUCGAAGCGGCGCAUGCAGAGCGUGGCGAACGUCUCCAUCCUGGCCAUGUUCAUCAUGUACUUGCUGACGGCCAUCUUCGGCUACCUCACCUUCUACGGGAACGUCGAGUCGGAAAUGCUGCACACGUACAGCGAGGUGGAUCCCCUGGACCGGCUCAUCCUCUGCGUCCGACUGGCCGUGCUGAUGGCCGUCACGCUGACGGUGCCCGUGGUGCUCUUCCCGAUCCGCAGAGCCAUCCAGCAGCUACUCUUCCAUGGGAAGGAUUUUAGUUGGGUUCGACAUGUGAGCAUCGCUAUCGGCCUUCUGUUUGUUGUCAAUCUCCUCGUCAUCUUUGUCCCUAACAUCCGGGAUAUCUUUGGAGUCAUUGGUGCCACCUCCGCCCCCAGUCUCAUCUUCAUCCUCCCCAGCAUCUUCUACCUCCGCAUUGUUCCCAAUGAAAAAGAACCGCUGAGAUCCAGGCCAAAAAUCCAGGCCACCUGUUUUGCUGCCCUCGGCUUCGUCUUCAUGGUGAUGAGUCUCAGCUUCAUCGUGGCUGACUGGGUGACGACCGGCCGGAGCAGCGGCGGGGGGCACUGACCCGCCCCCCCAUCCCCCGGCACAGACACAUGGACCCCACUGGGCCAGCUCGGGGGGCCCAGACGACAGUGGGGCAAGGGCACCACCACCUCCCACUGGCUCUCGCUCCGCUGCAGCCGUGGCAACGCUGAGACCAGUGCUAGGGCCUGCCCAUUGACCGACUGUCACCAUGGCAACACUACAGACCCUGGCAGCAACUGGUGUCCAUGGGAAUGGCGCCAGUGCCCUUCCAUCGACUGUUACUGUGGCAAUGCUACAGCUCCUGGUUUCCAUGGAAAUGGUGCCAAGGCCCUUCCAUUGGCCACCCGUUACCGCAGCAAUGCUACAGCUCCUAGCAGCGACUGGUGAUCCAUGGGAAUGGUGCCAAGAUCCUUCCAUCGGUCGACUGUUACCGCGGCAAUGCUACAGCUCCUGGCAGUGACUGGUUUCCAUGGGAAUGGUGCUAAGGCCCUCCUAUUUGCACCCUGUAGUCAUGGCAGCCUCCCAUUUCCAUGGGACAAAGGUCCUGAUUGGGCCAUUGGUGCCAUGGCAAUGGCAGGUUUCCCACGACUACUGAGUCCCCUGACUACAGCGCAACUGGCUUCUCCUUAGCUCCCUGUCGCCGUGGCAAUGUGGCAGGUCCCCUGGGGAACAACACCAGGCCUUUGUUGCCAUGACAACGCUUUGGUUACUGCUGGAGUGGGUGGGUGGGGGAUCCCACAGCAACAGUUCCCUCCAGACAAUGCCUCCCACCUCUUUGGUUCCCAUGGAGACAGGAACACCCCCUCUCCCCUGCUUGUACUCAUUCCCUGGUGUCAGUCGAAGAGGGACUGUGAAUCCGACUGUGCCAGGGCAGGGGCUGGGUGAGUCCAUGGUGCUCCCUGGGCGACAAUCUAAUUUAUUGCUCUUAUUUAAUUUGGAGCCAGCAGCCAGACCAAAGAGCGAUGCCGGUCUUACUGCUGGGGCUAGUAUCGUGACCCCCCCUCCCAGGAUUCCUGGGUCCCUUCCCCGGCUCCAGGAGGGGAGUGAUGUUCAGUGGUUAUAGCUGGGGGGGACGGGCUGGGAGCCAGGACUCCUGGGUCCCAUCUCCAGCGACGGGGCCGCAGACCGUUCACUUUUUUGUGCCUCAGUUUCCCCACCAGGAGAUAGGGGCGUGUUCCCACCCUGCUGAGGAUUAACCCUCGAGCAUCUGGAUUCUCCAGGGCUGGAGGAGACGCUGUUACUGUUACAGGAAUGGGGGAGGUAGGGGUGAGCGUUCCAUGGAGCCUCAGGACUCCUGGGUUCUUCCCGGGACGCCCGGCUUCCUGAGCGGGCCUGGGGGGAGGGGAAGCCAUGCACCUUCAGGCCUGUUCGCUGCCUGCGACAGGUCCCAAUUGCAGAAUUCACCCCACAUCAGCACCCUCCCCCCACCACACGGGAGGUGUCGGGGCGGGCGUUUAUCAAACCCUGGGUCUCCUUUCUCUUUUCAAACUACCUCACCACUCAGAGACAGGCCCAGGGUCACUAACACUGCUUGCCGCAACCCCUUCAGAGAGCAAGGGGUUAAGGAUGAGGCUGUCAAGGGGGGGCACCCCCUGAUCGCGGGGUGGGAGGCAAUCCGCGUACAGGCGCCCCCUCGGAGCUGGAGAACACUCCGUCUGCCUUGUCGAGAAAUCCCGGGGCCUCCACUUCCUCCUCCAGAAAUGGCUAGAUCUCGCCCCAACAGCUCCUUCUCCCCUCUAGAAAAAUCCUCGUGCCUACAUGUUUUCCUUCAGAAACUGCUAGUUCCCACCCCGGCGCCUCCAUCUCCCCUCUAGAAAAAUCCCAACACCUCUGCUUCUGCCUCCAGAGAUCUCUAGAUCCCACCCUGGCGCCUCUCUCUCUCCUCUAGAAAAGUCCUGGGGUCUCCAUGUCCUUCUCCAGGAACCUUUCGAUCUUGUCCCAGUGCCUCUACUUCUCCUCUAGAAAAAUCCCGAUGCCUCCGCUUCCUCCUCCAGAGAGCUCUAGAUCUUGCCCUGAUGCCGCCAUCUCCCUUCUAGAAAAAUCCUUAUGCCUACAUGUUUUCAUCCAGAAACCUCUAGAUCCCACCCCGAUGGCUCCACCUCUGCUCUAGAAAAACCCUGGGGUCUUCGCGUCCUCUUCCAGCGAUUUCUAGAUCCCACCCUGAUGGCUCCGUUUCCCCUCUAGAAAAGCCCCAACGCCCCCACCCGCAACACAGCUCCUCCACCGCAGCAGCCUUAGCACUUAAUGCCUCUUCAUCCCAGUGCCUUAACCCACCCCCGGCCUCUGGUGCAGCGCCCUCCCCUCAAAGUAGCCAUCUUCUGCCCCCCAAAUUCUACCCCAACCCCGGCCAUUCUGCUCUGCCAUGGCCCACUUGCCCCCCUGCCCCGACACAGCAGUUAUAUUGGCAGAAAGGGGCCCUAUAGAGAAUCAGGACUCCUGGAUUCUCUCCCUGGCUCUGGGAGGGCAGUGGUGUCUAGUGGUGAGAGCUGGGAGCCAGGACUCCUGCUCUAACCACUCCAAUAUUCCCCUUCUCCAGGAACAGGUUUCUCCCUUUCAACUUCGUAACUGCAGCCACGCUCCAGCGGUCACCUGGCCCGGAGCCGAAGGAAACUGACAUUCCCCCCCCCGCCCACCCCCCAAAAAUUCGGCGACCAUGCAACCAACUCAGAGCAACUGAUCUCUUUUAUUGGGCCAACAGCUGGGGAAAGAGACAAGUUUCUGAACUUCCGCAGAGCUCAUGUCCCUCCACUAGGAGUCGGGCCGGUAAAGAGUUAUGUCCCCCACCUUGGCUGUGUCAUGUCCAGACAACGCCGCCAACCCCCCACCAAAAAAAGUCCUUUUCCGGAAAGAGAAACAAAAAAAAGGCCAUUUUGGAAAGCAGGAUUUUUGCCCCCCUUCGAGGGUCCAAAAACUUGUUUUUUUCCCCCUUACUAACUCUCAGGAUGUUUUCCAAACCGUCGGGUUUCCUUUUCAGGGCCUGGCGUUGCUUGGAGCUCGGGGACGCUGGUAGAAGGGUCCCGGGUUCAGAUUCUGGGGUGGAUGGAUUCCAGCCCUGGUUAAUUCAAGGCUGGCCUGGACAGGAUAAUCACCCAGGGCUGGCUCCCCCCCACUGAAAACCCUCAUCCCGCUAGCCCCCAAAGUCAGCGUCUUGGUCUAUUGAUCGUGCCUGGAUUCACGUGACUCCAGACGCCCGAGGCUUUACGGGGAUAAAAGGGCCCCUCGAAGCAGCUUUUCGGCCGAUCCCGUCCCAAGCGCUAGUGACAAAGCCAAAAGACCCCCCUGCUCCCCAUUGCAGCAGGGCUUUCCCACUCCCAUGGCUGGAGGGGGGGGCGAUGCUGUGGGGAGGGGCACCGCAAUGUGAAAGCGAUGCAGGGAGCUGGUGGUUUUUGUAGGGUAGCUCUGGGUUUCAAUAAAUAGCAACCGGACUUUC